CAUCACUAGUGUUAAAUAACAAGCCAAAGCCACUUGCUGGGAAUUUACGCUGAGAAUAUUUCGAGUUGAAAAUUAAGACUGAAAUGAAUGAUUAAAGCUGUCCAAAUGUUGAUGGAAACAUGAGAAAAUGAUAACAUUUGGCGCUGCAAGCAGUUCCACGGCUCAGGAGGACACUGGUGAAGUACGAAGUAUAUGCGAGAGUGUGUGCAGUGAUGGAUCUAACGCUACGGUGCAGGCUGGGGGCGCUAACGCGAGGCCCCGGAUGGAUAUCGCGUGUGUUUUGGAUAUUACACAAAGCACCAACCUAGGUCAUAGAAAGCGAGCUUUGGAAGAAGUCAGGUUGGCUGCUGAUCUCGUAAAUGGAAACCUACAUCAUAUCCACUUUGAAAAACUUGAUUUCGGAGAAACAAGUGUCCUGGAUACAUUCUACAAUGCUGAUGUGGCGCUGGUGGACCUCAGUAUGCAGGUGCAGCAGAGCUCCCUGCUCUACCACCUGGGGGUUCGGGAGAGCUUCGACAUGAAGGAGAAUGUGCUGCUGUAUAAUGAUGUAGAUCCCGACUCCACGUUGCGGCUUAAGGCAUCGUUGCCUAACUUCCUGUUUGUGUCAUACAAGCUGACCGACGCUGGCACCUGCGUGACGACCAAUCCCGCCGCCACCAAGUUCAAGGGGGAGGAGGCUGCCGAUCCCAAACAGCAUCUGACGCUGCGGCUUAGGAAUAUACUGCAGGAUGUCGAAGUACAGACCAAAGCUCACCUCCAAGAGAAAUUCCUCUCAGACCUGCGCAAAGCCCGCGAGCUAUACAGCGGCGCCGAGCUGGCAAACGUGCUUCACGCCAUGCGGCGGCGGCUGGACGACCCGGCCGUGCUCUCCGGUGACACCGUGCUCAACAUGCUCAUAUCCUACAGGGAGACGCAGGACUAUGACGCUAUAGUGCAGGUCGUGGACGAUCUCAAGACCGUCAUGAAUAGGAAGAACUAUAUUAACAUGCCGGUUAUACGGUUCUUGUAUGCGUUUGCUAUGAAUAGGAGGAAUAAGGAAGGUGACAGAGAAAACGCUCUAAAGGUGUGCGUGAAAGCUUUGGAGAAGAAAGAGAACCGUUUCCCCGACAUGCUGUGUUUGUGUGGCCGUAUUUAUAAGGACAAGUUUGUAGAAUCUCAACACACGGAUAUGGAGAGCUUGAAUAAUGCUAUACAUUGGUACAGACAAGGAUUUGAAGUUCAACCAAACGAAUAUGCAGGCAUAAAUCUUGCAACAUUGCUCGUCAUUGCUGGCAAUGACUUUAAGAAUUCACAGGAGUUACAACAUAUUGGUAUGAUGCUAAACCAUCUAAUAGGCAAGAAAGGCAGCCUCUCAUCGCUCAAAGACUACUGGGACGUGGCCACGUUCUUCGAGAUCUCAGUGCUAGCGCAGGACUACGUGAAGGCUAUACAAGCGGCCGAGUGCAUGUUCAAACUCAAGCCGCCUAACUGGUAUCUGAAGAGCACGAUAGGGAAUAUCGAACUUAUUGACAGGUUCAGGAAAAAGAGUGAAGAAUCUUCACCUGAACAGCAAGUAUUUUCAUUUUGGAUGGAGUAUUUUUUUGAAGCAACUAAUACCGGCAGCUGUGAUAAUACCAUCAGGUUUCCUGUUCUUAUUUUGGAGACCACAAAAGAGUUCAUGCCUUCUUACUUGAACGUGAACAUGGGAGCGGAGCAGAAGUCCGUAGAAAUACUCAACCUCUGUCUGAGCUCUAUACGUGGGCAGUGUAGGCAAGUCCACCGGUGGCUCUUCACUUCUGACAUGAUUAGAAGCUACAGUUUGUACAAACGCGACGAGCGCUGCCUCUUUCUGUACGUGAGCGAGAACUCUGACGACUUCCAAAUAUUCCUACCUUCAGAAGCCUGCAGACAACGGCUGCACGAUCUGUUGGGGGACCUGACGGCUGAUCACGAGAAGGUCACGGAUUUGGACACCACUGUGAUGCAAGAUCAGUUGAAAUUUGAAUACGAACUAGACGACUGCAACAAGCGCGUAGUGCUCGGCAAAGGCACGUACGGAGUAGUGUACGCGGCGCGCGACCUCAACACGCAAGUGCGCAUCGCCAUCAAGGAGAUCCCCGAGAAGAACCUCGGCGACGUGCAGCCGCUGCACGAGGAGAUCCUGCUGCACUCGCAGCUGCGCCACCGGAACAUAGUGCAGUACCUAGGAUCGAUAUCAGAAGACAACUAUUUUAAGAUAUUUAUGGAGCAAGUCCCAGGAGGCUCAUUAUCCGCCCUACUCCGUUCCAAAUGGGGACCUCUAAAGGAAAACGAAGCCACAAUCGCCUACUACACUAAGCAGAUUUUAGAAGGUCUAAAAUACCUCCACGAUCAAAAAAUAGUUCACCGCGACAUAAAAGGCGACAAUGUCCUCGUAAACACGUACAGCGGGGUCGUAAAGAUAUCGGACUUCGGGACGUCCAAGCGUCUGGCUGGCCUGUGCCCGUCCACCGAGACCUUCGCGGGCACCCUGCAGUACAUGGCGCCAGAGGUCAUAGACAAGGGGCAGAGGGGGUAUGGAGCGCCGGCGGACAUCUGGUCCCUUGGAUGUACGGUUGUAGAGAUGGCUACAGGAAAUCCACCUUUCAUUGAACUGGGAUCACCACAAGCAGCGGUUUUUAAGGUGGGAUAUUACAAAGUGCACCCAGAAAUCCCCAGCGAGUUGUCUCCUAGAGCCAAGAGCUUCAUAAAGCGGUGUUUCAUACCGGACCCCGACGAUCGCGCCACGGCAGCUGAACUACUGGAAGAUCCAUUCUUAUGCGAGAAAAAGAAAACAUCUAGUCGCCUAGGCAGUAAUGUAGACUAUAGCAGAAGCGUCUCCGUUCCUGCCGACAAAAUCCGGCCACCACAGAAAAAGAUAUCCGAACCCUGUCUGCCCGGCAACCUGCCCAGUUCACCAGAGAUCGAGGUGAAAACGAUCCGGUCUAACCCGACCAUCACUAGGACGGCAUCGUCGAUGCUCUCACCGAUACUGAUAUACCCGCCGGACUUGUCCAAUAGCAGUACGAUGCCGAAUACACCGUCCACGGAUGAGAUGGACACGAGCGACAGUCUGCUCAACCGGCGGAGUUCUUCAGGCGGCUUGCUCUCACCCGAGGUGGACAUGACCACCGUUCAGCGCUCCUCCAUAGACGUGGAACACGACGGUUUCUAUCUACUGAAGAAGGAUUCGCAGCGCCGUCUCACACUGUCGCGGGUGCUAGAGCAGGACAGUGAACAAAUCUGCUCCAAAUGGAUGCACAGUAUUCAGCAAGAUUUUGGCAACACAGUGCUUACAAUGAAUCAUUUGGAAACCCUUCGCUGCGCGUUAAAAAACUACAUAAUGGACCAGAACAGAAGCGUCAUCGAGCAAGCCAUAACGAGCCUCAAAGAAGAUUUGGAUUUUGACUCGAACGCCAUUAACGAGCUGAAUGCAGCUACGUACAUGUUCCAAGAGGCAGUGAACGGGGUGUUGAGGAGUCAUAGCAUCAAGCCUCAUUGGAUGUUCGCGCUCGACAACCUAGUGAGGAAUGCUGUGCAGGCUGCUAUUACUGUGUUGACGCCUGAGUUGGGAGCGAACCUCGCCGGGCAGGACCACCGGCGCGGCGGCGGGCGCUCGCCCAGCGGCGCGGCCGACGCCGCCACGCCCUCCGCCAUGUCCACCGCCACCUCCACGAGGGACCACAGCAUGCUGCAGCUGCGACAAGAGAACCAAAAAUUGCACCAAGAACUACUGGAGAGUUACCAACAAUACCAAUCUUUACUCAGGGAAAUGUUGGAAGAGCAAAAACUACAAACACAAAUACUUCGAGACUUCGUCAAUAGCAGGAACAGAAAUAGCAGUCGUGAAGAAAAUUUAGACGAAACCAAAUGCCCUACACCGUUACCUUCAAACAGCCCUGACUUAUCUCAACCAAUGUCUGUCAUUUCGGAAAGUGACGUCACGCCGUCGCCGCUUCGCGAUUGGCUGACGGAUCGAGGGGUGCCCGUGAGCGCUGCGCAGGUUUUGAUUGAUCAGGAGUUUACGUUGGAAGACUUGUUGCAACAUGUUCAGAGAGAGGAUUUGGCGAGGUUGAAUCUCAAAGGUGGCGUGGAGCUGCGACUAUGGCGAGCUAUAGUAGAUCACCGCCAGCACAGGAACGGCUCGGAGAGGCUGCGGCGAACUAGCAGCACCGAGACCGACAUUGACAACAACUCCAUCGUCGUAGUUGAAUGUCAGAGAUGUAAGUCAACGCGGCGCACCAUGUCCAACAUGUCCAGCAACUCGAACUGCUCGAACAACCCGACGGUGGUGAUCCGGCAGCAGGCCAACGGCGACGAGACGGUCGCCGAGUACUACCCCGACAGCGGCGUCGUCAACCUUUGACAAUUACGAGGGUGGUGCACUCUGCAGUAGCGGGCUUCCAUGAAAUUGUCUACAGUUUGUCCCGUACAAACGCGAAUUUUUUGAACAUUUGCAGUUUCCUUUUCUAUGAGAAAUGGUCAAAAAUAUGCACAGAGAAAUAAUCGCCCGCUUUAAAUGCCGAAAAAAAAGUCGCAUCGCAGGAAAUAAAAUGCGUUUGUACGGGACAACCCGUGGAAUGCUCCAGUAGCGGGCUUCCAUGCAGCGUCGAUAAUCAGUUGCUUCGGUGUUUACAUGUGCUAGUUGCCGAAUGUUUCCAAGAAGUUGGAUUUUUAUAACUCAUUGAGUGCUGGAAACGCUCAGUUCGUAGUCGCAUUCUUCUACAAAGCGAAUAGCUACAAGUGUAGCGCUACGACGUUGGCAGUGAAUGCGUUAAGGAUAUAUAUAAAAGUCCAUUUUGUAAUAACGGAAACAUUUCUUAAGGAAAAACAUGAGAAGUUUCCGAAAAUAUUUAAUGUGGAAUUUCGUAAUUUCGGAAACUUUCUGAUGGCAGAUCAGCCUUAGAGCAUUUAAUAACUGGAGUCGCCUUUAAGAGCUUAAUCCUCUGCCGAAAACCUUGCACAAUUGUGCAAACUCUUCUAUGGAUUGACAUGGCUAUUUGUACGUUUUACGUAGAAAUCAUGUAGAAAUAGCAAUACAUUUGACGUCCCCUCCGCAAAAAACGGCAGACUGUUUUGUGUACAAAAUGACAGCGAUGACGUCUCCAGUUACUAAAUGCAGUAAGCAGAUCAGCACAUGUAAAUAGUUUGUGCACGUUCAGUGUGCCAUACCACAUGCUACUGAACUUGCGUAUUUUCAAAGUAUGUAUGUAUACAUUACAUUUCACGCGUGCAAGCAACUUGAUGGUAAUUUUGUAGCAGAUUAUUUUUUACACUGACUUCUAAAUUAUAUUACUUGAGAGAGGUACAUCAUGGGUUUGUGGUACACCCAGCUGUAGCUUGGUGCACAUGAGAAUCAUAUCAGUGUCGAUUUGAGUGUAGUAUUACUACUUUUUUUUUAGUAUAAUUUAGAAAGUCAGCGAUGCAAUCCGAAUAGCUUGUAAAUUCAAAUACUACUGAGUACUGACAAAUAACUUUAUCUAGUUUAAGCCUACUAAUUAUUUCAUUUGCCAUGGACGCAUCAUUUGCCGUUCAUAUCUUGUACCUUGUAAUAGUACCGACAUGUUUGAGUACUAUGACUUAAUUCACACGGGAAUAAAAAAAAUAAGUGCCGAAUUAGUACCGUACAGUCGAGUUCAUAAAUAUGUAUGCAUUUUUUCACCGUAUUGCAAUGGAUUAAGGUGAAGAAAUGUAUACAUGUUAAUGUAUUCGACUGGGAUACGAGGGCGAUGAUUCGUCCUUUGGCUGACAGUCAUUUUGUGCGAGUUGCGUUGUAUUGUUGCGUCUUUUAAUCUGCUUGUUCAUCAGUUUGAAAAUAAUAAGCAUGCUUUAAUGAAGCCUUGAGUGUAUCACCCGCAAAUUAAUGCUAUGUAAAUAUAUUUUUAUGUAACUAGAUAUCGCCGAGAUAGGUAUAAUAUUAUAAUAGAUCUAUUGUAAAUAAUAUAUAUUUACACCUUUAUUUAAUUUAAGGAAUAUUUAAAUAUAUAAAAAUAAUAAUGUGAAACUAUCAUUUGUAUGAGGCCAUCGGCCGCAUAAAAAGUUCAAAAUAUUAUAAGAUUAUUAUAAGUUAAGUUUUUUGAAUAUAUAUUUUCAAUGUUAUAAUCAGAUCUGAAUCUGAAAACAAUUUUAUCAGGUAAAAACUGGGAUUCAAAUAAUUAUAUGUUCAUACACUGUUGCGGAAACUGUUGUUAAUACAUAGCGUCUAAAUCGGCUGCUAAGGACAGCAUUGUGACAUUUUCUCUACAUAAAAUAGCUAUAUUGGCUAUGGCUAUUUACAGAUGGAGUUUUCUCUAGAAAAAAGUAAAAUGACAAGUCUAUAAAACCAUAACGAUACCCAGUGCAUGAUAUCCUGUAUAGAAGAUUGAAGGCAAAACCCUACCGUAGCACACAUCGCGUCCUGCAGGCGUACUAUGGAUGGCUUUAUCCACGUGAUAAAAUAACUGUCACUUUUUAACACCGUGGGACGGAAAGUGACUGACACCGUUUUAUCACGCUGUCACGUAGACAAGAACGACCAUCAUAUCCGUACUGAUCGUGAAGCGAACCGAAUUUUAAAAAUUUGCGUGAAAUAAGUUUUGCGUUACUGUGGGCUUUUGCCUUUGAUUCCUAUUCUCUAAAUUGAUACUACGUGAUAUUUUCUAUCAAACACAAAUCAACGGUGCUCAUUAGUGAUUUAUUAAAUAUAAGUAACAGAGUGCCUUGUAAAUUAAAUGCUUGUUAUUGCUACAAAACAAUUAAAUUAACGUAGGUGUCUAGUUGCUAAACGUAUACGUUAAAAAGUUCGAAAUUAGUAAUCAUUGUUAAACAGUGUAAUAAUAAUAGGUGAUGUUAAUUAUUACUAGCUGGUGUUGGUUUACAAAAUGAAGAAAUAUUCAAAUUAACUACGUACCUACUUAUUACAUAAACUAUAUUAACAAAUACAAAACAACAACUACAUGUCAAGGUUCUGUUAGGCCCUGGGCACUGCAAUGUUUUUGGCUACAAUUUGCAAAGUGACGUCUGUAAUGUUUGAUCACGAGACGGCUCGAUUCGGAAAAUGAAUUAGAUUUCUACUAGACUUCAACAAGUUACGAUAUGGAUAAUUUAAAGAUAUUUGUAAGAUAGAUAUGUCAAAUUUGACGUCUCCGCGUUUCUGAACGUCCUCUUUAACGAUUUAGACAAGUUAUGACUUAUAUAUCCAAGUCACAUCUAGUCGAUAUCUAAUGUAGAUCUAGAUGAUCUCUAUAUCGUCUCUAGAUCUUGUGGUUAUCUCGAAAUCCGAAGAGGCCUGAGAGGCAAUAUAAACCUGCCUGAAAAAUCAAUACUUUUAUUAUCAUAGCUUUUCCUAAAGAUUUGCCAGGUAUGCAGAUUUCAGAAUUAUGAUGAGUAAUACGUAAUUUUAUUUAAUUGUGCCAUAAGUAUGUUAAUGACGAUUAUACCUAGAUAGAUUUUUAAGCAAUAAUAGAAAGUCAUAUAACAACUCGUAAAACGAGAGCUAUACAGCAUUCUUACAGAGUUUUGUUAAGGCAACUAAAGUGCAUCAAAAAAUUAAUUAUACGCACGAAUGGGACGGCGGAUAUGUUUUUUGAAAAUUAUCAUAAAAUGAUACCAGUAAUACCAGUAUUAUAAAUAUUGUUAUCUAUGUUAGUAGUUGUCACUGGCAUUUAACUAAUGUCUUUUUGUUGUUUUUAGAAGUUCAAAAGCAGUAACGUUAACGAAAAACUUGUCAUAACUAUAUUAGGGAAAAAAUAUCUCCUAAGGCUCCCAAAAUUUAUGCGCACCUUCUUGGAUUACGCAAACUUAAGUAAGUAACUAAACCAAAUUAAGGUAUUAAAACUAUUUCCAGCUUGCUGGGAAUUCUUCGAAAAAAUCUAAUUUGAUUGGCCUACCUAUAACUUACAAAUAAUAUAUGUCAAAGAUUGUAUCUUUUUCAUUUUCAUUAUUCAUAUACAAAGCAGCAAUCCAACUUUAGAAAUAGAGCUCAUUAUGACUUAUGGUUAUGUUAUGGCAUAUUAUGGUUAUGUUAUGGCAUAUUAUAUGUAAUAAUCGAGAUGUACUGAGAGAUGCGAGUGGUGUACAAUGAGAACAAUUUAUAAAGUUAGAAUGGCGAAACUUUUUUUUUAUUUAUGUUUGAGGAACUUCUAAGUAUAGUUCUAAUAUAUUGUACAUUAGGGCCCAUUGAGACGAUGCGAGACCUCGCAUGCGAGUUUCAUUACAUUCCGGGUUUUGAUCGGUCGGUUGAAUUGGACGUAACCACCAGUCCGCGAUGUAACUAAAAUCGCAUGCGAGUUCGCGCGCCGUCUUAAUCAGCCUUAAAACUGUAUGCAAGUUUCUUUUUUUUUAUUAAAAACCCGCUUACCAUGCAUAUUGUUGGUGAGUAAUUAAUGGAUGCCUUAUGUAUAUAUGUAUACAAUAUGGUGAAUGAAGCCCAUUUGUGCCGAUUCAAGAAAAAAUGUGAAUAAUUUAUCUAUCUUUGAGCUAUAUUGUUAAUACGUUAGUAAAUUUGAUGUAAAACACACCUAUGAUUAGCAUAGGAAAAAAGUAAAAAAAAUACUCAACUUGGGUAAGACUUAAUAUUUGUGAAUGUUAGAAAAACUCUAAUCAUCUAAAUAUCUACUUAGUUUAUUCAGGUUUUCCCCAGUGUUUUAAAUGAUGACAUCUAUUCAUUCAUGCCCAUGUGUUUGGCUUCAAGCCACGUUAUUAGUUUAUCCAAUUAUUGUGAACAAUUCAACCGCUAAGAUAUUUUUGCGUAGCUAAUAAAUAUUAAUUGAUUUACUA